AUGCAAUUUCAGUGUGUUCAUCGAUAUAAAAUAAAUAAAUUUGGCGGCUAUCGGGUUGAAGUAGGUGGAUGGACUGUUGAUAUUUGGCCGCUACGCGAAACAUGGGCCUUUAAGCAUGGCUAUGUACUUUUUAAAGGCCGUGAAAGUCUUUUGCUGACGACUAUCACCAAUUGGGAUGCUGUUGCCUUUUCUUUUAAAGACAAGCAGAUUAUAGCUCGGCCUUCAUACUUGGAAUGUCUAAAGUUGGGUGAGUUGGAAAUAGUUAUGGAAAAAAAUCCCAAUCCGUCUGGUGUAUUGAUGCGAGUUAUUAGGUCGAUUUGUGAUCGGCAGGCUCGAAUACUAAUGCCUAGGCUGGUUAAGUAUUUGAAGCAAGAGCUGCCAAAGUGGUCUGCGCAGGAAAUAGUUAUCGCUCAAGAAAAAGCUUUAGCUAUAAGCCUCUUUCAAAAUGAGUUCAAGCUCUUAAAAUUAUCAGGCUCAUUAAUUGGCAGCGGUUGGGCACCUACUGAAGUGCAGGAAAAAAUCGCUAUUCGAAGAGCAGUCUGGUGCGAGAGCGAAAUGAUCGCAUAUAUGAUCUGGUCAGCACGCGAGAACACUGGCGUAGUCACCACACGUUUAGCAGCAGAUGAAAGUCACACGCAAUCAUUUAACGCAAUAAGAAUACUUUUAAUAUAUCUCUUAGAGCAACUUUCCGACAUUAGCCCAUUACAGCUAAAUCUCGAAAUUCCAUUUAAUCAAUCGCACACUCGUGAAGUAGCUGUCGGAUUCGGAUUCAAACUAACACAGAAUCCGCAAUGCCUGACCAAGAUGAUUCUUGGUAAGGUAAUGACGAGAGAAACCUGGAGUGAAAAUUCAAACGAACUAGCUGAUAAAAACAACCUACACCUACCAGCGGGUAUCCCAACAUAUUCAGAAGAUUCGCAGUAUAUUCAAAUAGUAACUCCCUCAGGAAAUCGUGAGCACGUAUCGUUAGAAAUACUUGAGUCGGCCUUAUCCCCAGCUAUAUUUUGUUUACCGGGCCGUCCUGCCGUAAUAACGCCUGUUCAACGUAGCUUCUCAGAGCCACUUUUAGG